AUGUGGACGGUUAUUUUAGCAUUCUUUAUAUCAAAGAUAUCAUGGAUUUUUCUAAUUAUUAUCCUUUUAUUUCAGAAUAACGACGACAGGGAGAAAUUAAAGAAACGUAUUUUAGACGAAGAAAGAAACAUCAAGAUUACUACGUUCAAUGAAAACCAAGAAAAUAUGGAUAUGAAACUGCAAACACUUACGGAAAAACUUACAGAGAAGGAGCGUAUGCUAAAGCAAUCGCAGUAUAAAAUAAAAAGUGUAGAAAAGGCAUUGAACGAUAUAGAAAAUAAAACUUCGACUUGUCGAAGUCGUUACAAAUCUUUAAUGAGCGAUCUGAAACUAGAUGUCCAUAAAACUGAAGAAGAGGUGAAAUCUUUACAAAGUCAGGUUUCAAAUUUGUCUCUUCGACGAGAAGAAUUAAAGAAGGAGGUUGUAAAGCAACAAGAGGAAUAUGAAAAGAUGCUUAUCCAUUUUACCAAAGAUCUGGAAAACAAAGGAACAGGAUACGUUUCCGGCUGUGAGAAAUCCAGAUUUUCUCUUUACAAAACUUCUGUUGGUUUUUGAUUACGGACUAUGUAGGAAAAUAUUUCCAAAUAAAAUAUUAUUUAUCUUUGAAUUUAAUCUCUGUUAUUUCUUAUAUAAUCAAAUAAUUUAUAAU